UCACCAUGUAUGCUCAGCGUCCGUUGGCAUAUGCCCCUACGCCCUACAGCUACACGCCUAACCCGGCGUUGUCGGCUUCAAUUAAUCUGGAUGAGGAAGUGAAACUAGCCUCCAGCUCGGCGGACCGGGACCUCUACGAGUCUCUGGCGGAAAUCUACGGCAUCAUCGUCACGUUGGACGGUCUGGAGAAGGCCUAUAUCAAAGAUGUGGUCACGGAAGCAGAGUACACGGAAACAUGUGCCCGACUGCUGAAGCAGUACAAGUCCAGUUUGGGCGAUGAGGCCGUUUCACGCGAGUUUGUCGAUCUGGAGACCUUCAAGCGCGCCUGGGGACUGGAAUGCCCCCGUGCCACCGAACGCCUCCGGAUCGGUCUCCCCGCAACAGUCGAACAGGCUUCUCACAGCACACCUGCCACGAACAUGACCCCCGCAGCAGCUGGUCCUGCAGCAGGGGCAUCCGGCAGUCUAAUCCUGACGGCCACUGAGAACUUCAUCACUUUCUUGGAUGCGUUGAAGUUGAACAUGGUCUCAAAGGAUGCCCUGCACCCACUUCUGUCGGAGGUGAUCCAAUCCGUCAAUAAGGUGACCGACGUGGAUUUUGAGAACCGGGGCAAGAUCAUCCAGUGGCUGAUCGCGUUGAAUCAAAUGCGGGCAACCGAGGAACUGGGUGAAGAACAGGCCCGCGAAUUGGCGUUCGACAUCGAGCAAGCAUAUCUGGGCUUCAAGGCCACAUUAGGCGCCGACCCCGACCAGCCUCUCCACGUGCUGGAUCUUCCCCAGAUUUACACAAAGCCCUCAGGCACCGAACUGAUCCAAGCCCUCGACCUGCUAGCCGUUAAACCGCGAAGCUUCGGGCCCGUUGCUCAUGAAGCGGUCAAGAGUCGAACCGUCGAACCGGCUGGCGUGACCCGAUAUCUGACAUCGAUCAUCGCGAGCCCACUUUCAUGGCUAGAUACUGACGAGCUCCGGGAGGCCGUCUGGGACGCCGCUGCAGCCCGACUCAGUGAGCGCUCGGGUCGAACCGCAAUGCCCGCCAUGUCCCGAGUCUUCUCCAUCCCCGCCUCCUCGGGCGAAGAGUUCACACUGACCCUCCACGAACCCUCCCUCACAGCCGACAACCUAGGCAUGAAGACCUGGGUCUCCUCAUACCUCCUCUCCCGACGCCUCCACUCCCUUCUCGAAUCCACCCCGCAACUCGUCCCCUCCGCAUCCACUACCCCCAAAGUCCACCCCGACCGAACCCUUCGCGCCCUGGAACUCGGUGCCGGAACCGGCCUCGUGGGCCUCUCGCUCGCUGCGCUGCGCGGCAAAUCAGCAACAAUUCACCUCUCAGACCUCCCAGAUAUCGUCCCGAACCUGGCCCACAACGCAGCCCUCAACGUCGAGCUCCUGAACAGAACGGGCGGCGCCGUCACCACCGGCGUGCUCGACUGGUCCGUUACCCCAGACCCGCUUCCCACGCCGGAGGAACAAUACGACCUGAUCCUGGCCGCUGAUCCGCUAUACUCGCCCAACCACCCGAAGUGGCUGGUCGACACGAUCACGCCCUGGCUGAGCCGGGGUCUCGAUGCACGGGUCGUCCUUGAGAUGCCCUUCCGCGACGCCUAUCUGCCACAGAUACAAGAACUCCGGGACCGCAUGGGACAACUGGGACUGGCGGUGGUAGACGAGGGCGAAGAAAUCGGGUACGAUGACUGGGAGGCGGCAGACGGGGGCGCGCUGGAGGGGCAGAAGGAUAUGGCGAACAAUCCUGAGACACAAACAACGGCAGUAACCGCCAACAUGGUCAUCGGGCUCCUCACAAUCACCGCCAUCCCCACCGUCACCGGCGCCGCGAUGGCAGUGAGCGAGCAGCGCAAAGCAAACGAGAGAAAAGCCGACGCUCUGCGCAUGAUGAAAUUCAAUAUCGAUCUUGCGCCGCCGCCGGGGGAAGAGCCCGAUGAAGAUUUACAUUCACGACGGGUGGUGUUGAGGGAUCAGAAGGUAUAUAUCGACGAUCGAAUACCCUCGAAGCGACGAGUCCCCGCACAUACCGCCGCAGCGUUCUACAUCGACUACCCCGAGCCAGACCACAUGAAGGGUCUCAAGCGGGGGUUUGGGCUGGCGACAACCAUCUCAGAUAACCCGCCUAUGUUGGGGUGGAUAUAUGUGGAUGUUAACACAUGUGAGCUGAAGUACGGGAACCGGACGCAAAGCUGCGAGCAUAUCGUUGGGCCGUGGGAUUGGGAGGAUGAGGAGACAACUGUGACGCUGGAGGGGAAUAGGAAUUUUAUGGCCGUGCAGGAAGACGACGGCGCUUGGGCACUGUACCUCGAUCUGGAUGGUGAUGAGCUGGAGGACGUCCUGGAGGAACAGGGGAAAGUUGAUAAUGACUUCCAGCCGCUACGGUUGAAAAGGAAUCUGAUCGUUGAAGAGCCGGUGCAACAAAAUAAAAAUGACAACUCCUGA